ACGAGAUGAAGAAAAUUAUCUUUUAACAAAAAGUUGGUCAAUAAUUAAAGAAAUUGCAUCUGCUGAAGAUUUCAUUGUCUUUCUUAAAUCACUCGUCGGUCAUGAUAUUAAAAACUUAAUAAAUGGUGUUGAUGAUCAUUCAGAUGAACGUUUAAUUCAAGAAGACACUGUACGAACAUUUAUUCAAGUAAAGCAAAUUAUUGAACCUUUAUUGAUGGAAAAAAAAAAUUUUGGCGAACGUGAAUUUUUGCAAAAGUUACACGAUACCUUAGAAGCGAAUCCAUCUCUGGUUAAUAAUUUGCGACUAUGCCAUGCAAAUACUCAAGCACUGAAGCAUAUGUACGAAAAUAUCUCAAAUCGUGGAGAAGUGACAAAAGAAAGAAUUUUCUUGGCGGUGACAAAAGGUGAAUACUUAUUUAAGAGAACGGAAAAUGACAAUAAUGAAGGUGAAUAUACAGCAACACUAUCAUAUCCUAGCAAAAUUUCACAGGAUGGAAUUGCUAGAUAUAGCUUUUCCGACCUUCAAGAUUUACGUGGUCGUGCCUUAUUAAUUGCGAAGGCUCCUGCUAAUACCAAGG